CGACUAGCCACCUGCAGACUUCUGGCGUUGUUAUAGUUAUAGGACAUGCAUGUGUCAUGUUACAUCGAGCCAUGCUGCUGAACUUUCGUGGUUUAUUGAAGUUGUCCCCCGCGGCUAUCCUUCUAGGAACUUCCCUUAAUAUACUAGAAGCAGUGUCCAUCGGCCUGCUGAUAUUUCCUCCAUCAGCACACGAUGCAGCUUUUGCUAAUCUGCAGAGCCAGGCGAUGUCGCUCUAUAUCAUGAGUACUGUUAUCUCGCAAGUAACGCUCACUUUUGGAGGGUCGAGUAUGCCGAGCGCCAUGGGCUCCAUGCUGGCUGAGGCACUACCGUUUUUAAGAACGAUCGCUGCUUCCAUCCAGAAGGAUUUGGGUUCAGGGCAUCCAGGCGUGCUUCCGACAACGAUGGUUGCCUAUGCAUCAACGAGCGUACUUCUGGGAAUCGUCUUCUUUAUACUUGCAGCGCUGCGCUGUGGCAGACUCACAGGCUACUUCCCCCGGACUGUGAUGACAGGUGUAGUUGGUGCUGUGGGCGUCUCUCUCUUUCUUUUGGGGCUUGAGAUCACCCUAUCUUCUAAAUCGCCCCACCUAAGCUUCGGCACGCUGUUCGAGAAGAACCAUUUGCCUUCGCUAGCUGCUUCCCUUGGGCCAGCCGUCCUGCUAUCCUCGUCAACUCGCCUUUCCUGCUUUGAUCGUCUACCCUGGAAGCCGACUAAGCAUCCGUUGUACAUACCGCUCUUCUCUUGUGCCAUGGCAGGCAUUUUCUGGCUCGUUGCGGCGGCAUGUGGGAACACUUCUAUGCAACAACUUGCCUCUGCUGGCUGGCUGUUCACGUCGGAACAUAACACCACGCAGUCUACUGCAACGCCCGAGUGGGAUUACUGGGCACUGUUUGACUUCAAGAAAAUGGAAUGGCGCGCCUUGUCCGCCGGCAUCCGUGACAUUCUUCUACUUGUCUUGAUUGGCGCCUUGAGUCUUCCCAUCUUCGCCUCAGCAGCAGCACUGGAAUGGGGCGGGUCCGACCACAGCAUGAAUCACGAAUUUGUGGGACAUGGCAUCUCGAACACAAUAGCUGGAGCAAUAGGCGCUCUGCCUAAUCUUUUCGUGUACUCGAACUCUCGGUUCUUCCACCGUGCUAAAGGCGGCCGCCUUGAAGCAGCAUUCGUCGCCCUUUUCACGCUUGUCUUCUUCUUCAUUUCGUUUCGUGUCCUGCCCUAUGUGCCGACUAUACAGGCCUCGGCCCUCGUGCUGUUUGUUGGCAUUGAGCUGAUGGUUGAAGCGUUAUGGGAGUCAACCGCAUCACUCACUUGCUGUGAGUGGACUGUCGUUGUGAGCACAACAGUCGCAUGUACCUUGCUAGGAUUCGCGCCGGGGGUAGGCGUAGGACUGGCAGUUGUGGUUGUCCUGCAGUUUUGCUACCACAUUCUGGAUACGCGACCUCGAGUCACGCAACCAUGCACACACGUACCGUUGAGUUCUUUCGAGCAUCUCCCGCCGCCCAAACCCGUCAUUGACCGUUUGUCCAAGGAAAUGGCCAGCCCUGUUACGGAGUUGCAGUCAUCUUCGACUGAGGCUCGGCCAAUACUACCACUCGUGGUGAGCCUCAAGGGACGCAUUGGCUCUUCCACAAUACCAUUGCUAGAUCAAUAUCUUGCAUUGUGCUGUCAAUCACCCCACGUCAUCCUUAACUUGCGCGCGGUCGAUUCAGUCGAGACCAGCGUGGCAGAGUAUCUACAGAGCCAGGCCGAGAGGAUUCUUCAAAGGCAAGCUUCGCCUUUCAGCAUCGUUUUGUCUCGUAGUCAGUCUGGAGUGAAAGGUGAUUUGGAGCGAGGCAAGGUAAAUUACAGCUGCGUUCCAGUUACAUCGCCAGUGGCUGAUUUUGUUGAUCUGGUCGGUCGAAAGCAACUCCUAGCAUACGAGAGCUUGGGAGAUGCGAUUCGUGUUGCACGAUACGGAUACCAGUCAAGCUCUUGCCUCCUGUCUGCCGAGUCAAACCUAAGUGUCUCAGCGUUGUGGGAGGUCGUGUUGCAUCGUCACUCUAGCAGCAAACCGAUGUUCACGUUUUCCGAGCUAUGUUCAAAGGGAACAACAGUAAGAAAACUCAAAUACGGCGAGACUAUUGCUUGCUCUGAGUAUCCAUUCCCACCGGCAUUCAUUAUACUCGAUGGCCGUGUUGUCUUUCAAGAGCUGCACGCCGCUUCGGUGAACAGCAGAAGCAGAAAGUGUAUUCGGAAGGCUGUAUCUUCAGCAAUGCAGGCCGUCUUUAAGAGCGAGAGGGUAGUAAAAGAUCAACAAUCUCCCAGGACGAUGGAGGGGACUUUAUAUGGUAAAGGACCUCACAUCGUCGCACCUACAUCUCCGUUCUGCGCCCGUGUCGAUAGUGAGUCAUGUCUAAUUCUCGACAUCGACCCUACUCAUGGCCAGCAUUGCAAUCGUAUUGUCGAACGAGCGAUUCGGAACGGCGCUACCAAGGAGACAUAAUAGUGGGACAGGAUCCUGCUAAGCUGCAAUCGACCAGAUGACUUCUUUCAGUAUUUGGGCUAAAAUACUGAAACCUUAGGUUCCUCCCGUUAUGAGCUGGAAUCAUUUUCUACCAGUUGUCGCGUGGACAUCGAAAUGCCAUUUUGUCCAUCGUGGGAGCGGUGGGAUACCACAGCACAGGAAAAGACAGAGAACGCGCUGAGAUCCGCAAUCGAUAGUGGGGUGAAGUCUGAACUGUUGAGAACUAGUGAUAAUAGCUUUUGGGGUCGUGGUUGAUUUUCUUAGGCUACGAUUAAUAUCUGAUAUAUACACAGCCCAAAUCCGAUCAUAGACGUUAAGCAUCGAGUCUCAGCGAGGAUUUGCUGGAGGAUGACGCAAAG